AUGGCCUCCAACAUGCUGGUCCUGGGCGCCGGCGAGCUGGGCCUGGCCGUGCUGGAAGCGCUCGCCAAGCACCCCAAACGCAGCAGCAGCCACAGCAUCACCGUCGCGCUGCGCCAGGCCACGCUGGACUCUGCGGCGCCGGACAAGAAGCGGCUGGUGCAGCAGCUGCGCGCGCUGGCCGUGGGCUUCGAGGCCGUCGACGUGGUGCAGGCGUCGGUGUCGGAACUCGCCGCCGUCUUUGGCAGAUACGACACGGUCAUCUCCUGCACGGGCAUGGGGCUGCCGGCGGGCACGCAGACCAAACUGGCCCGGGCCGCGCUCGAGGCCAAUGACGGGACCAAAGCGAACAAGGUGCGAUUCCUGCCGUGGCAGUUUGGCAUGGACUACGACGCCAUCGGCCUGGGCUCCUCGCAGGACCUGUUUGACGAGCAGCUGGGCGUGCGGGCUCUGCUGCGCGGCCAGACCGCCACGGAAUGGCUCAUCGUGUCGACGGGCCUCUUCAUGAGCUUCCUCUUCGUGCCGGCCUUUGGCGUCGUCGACCUCGCGGCCAGGACGGUGCGCGGCCUCGGCUCGUGGCACAACCGCAUCACGCUGACCACGCCCGAGGACAUUGGCCGGGCGACGGCAGAAGUCGUGCUGGACCCCCGCGGGCUUGUGAAUGAGUGCGUCUACGUGGCCGGCGACACGCUCUCGUACGCGCAGCUGGGCGACUUGCUGGAUGAUCGCUUUGCAACGCCCUUCCGGCGCGAGCUGUGGGAUCUCGACGAGCUGGCGAGGCAGAUGCGCGAGCAGCCGGACAGCGUCAUGGUCAAGUACCGGGACACGUUUGCGCAGGGCAGGGGGGUUGCCUGGGGGCAGGAGAAGACGCUGAACCGGGCGCGGGGGAUGGAGAUGACGGGUGUGAGGGCCUAUCUGGAGGCCAUGGAC